AUGACAUCGCCUGGAGAUGUCACUCCGGUGAAACCACCGCCUUCCUUUUCACCUGGGUCAGGGCGCAACGCAUCUAAGCUUCGGUAUCCGGAAGAGCAAGAGCCUACUGUGUCUAUAGAUGCCGAGCUAGUGGAAUCUCGCUCGGUCUCCUCGCCGUCGCCGUCAAUACCAGCGUCGACUGCAGAGUUGCCUAUACGGUCAGCUUCGCCUCAGGCCCGCUCGAUCAGAUCUUCCACACCACAAUUGGCUCGGUCAUCAUUCGGGUCGCCGUUUGAAGGACGAUUUGACGGGUCUGAGGAUAUUCGGUCAUUGAUCAUUCGAGCAUUUUCGCCAACCGUUGCAGUUUAUGCCUCCGAGGAUACAGACGACCUUGUGAGGAAUAAAGGCUUCAAAGGGGGGUUCUGGGACUUGCUUCGGCCUUUUGGAGAGACUGUGACGGGCAAGGUUAUCAUCCGAGAUAGUGUUGGAGCGAGUCGUGCAUGGGAGGACUUUGGUGUGCGCUUCGUUGAUCUCAAAACCCUGGGCCGCGCGCCUACCGGUCAGGACCCUGGAAGAGAUUCGCCCCUGGCUCAGAUUGAGCAAGUUUUGGAGAAACAACUAGGUGCCUCUGAUGGCUCGUCGGGAACACAAGUGCCUGCCAAGGACAUACUAGGGUUUUCUGCCACUACACCCCCUUCUAAACUGUUCUUGAGGCAGUUGCUUUGCUCGACAGCCGCCUCGCCUCACGAAACCUUCGGGCAUCCUGUUGCAAGUGUGAUUGCCAUCAGCUCCCGUAACAAGGCCCCAUUGGAAACGCUUCGGCGGCUUUAUGCAGAAACAAACACGGGUGAGCAGCGCUUGCCAGACUGGAUUCAUCAAGAGUAUCUGCGCUACUACGUGUUAGUACACGAUGAAGAACGUGACGACAUCACCGAAACUACAAAGUUGUAUGACCAAAUGAAGCGUCAUUUCGGUCUUCAUUGUCAUCUUCUCCGACUUCGAAGCAGUCAAUGUGUAGUGACCGAUGACGACAGCAUGCAAGUGCCACACUGCGAAUGGUUGUCUCCGAAAGAACACCUCUUAGGUGUUGGGGAAACUGAGACCCUCGUCGAUCUGGGGACAGAUGGAACCUCUCACAUCUUUGAUUCCGAUGUGUCCGCGAUUAAAUCCUUUGUGAGAGAGCUCAUAGUCCAGUCUAUCAUCCCUUAUAUGGAGAAUCGGGUUGCGGUUUGGAACGACCAAGUCGCUGCUCGUAGGCGCGGCAUCAGUGGGCGUUUCAUGUCGCUCUCGAAAAGAUGGGCAGGGUUUAGCUCCAGCUCUCGCUCCGGAGCCAGUGGCUCAAGCGGCGGAAAUGGCGGUAAUUAUGACACUGAACACAACUUCUACCGUCAAGAGACUCCAGAAGCGAUCCUUCGGAAAAUGGCCGAUUUUGCGUUCAUGCUGCGUGACUGGAAGCUGGCUUCGUCAACGUACGAGAUGAUACGCUCAGACUACGGCAAUGACAAAGCGUGGAAGUAUCACGCGGGUGCUCAUGAAAUGUGUGCUGUUAGCAUGCUGCUGAAUCCGCUGGCCAUGUCUGCCAAGCUUAAACUGGAAAGCGUUGAUCAGAUGUUCGAGACUGCAUGUUAUUCCUACCUCACACGAUGCUCCGAUGCUACUCACGCGCUACGCUGUCUAGCACUGGCUGUUGAGUUGCUCAAAUCUCGAGGUGGAUCAGCAACGGAGAGCGCCGCCAGAUGGGCCAUGCGGGUCAUGGACUUUGGCUUGGUCGGUUCUGUUGGGCAGAUUCUAUUCAUGGAGCGAGUCGCCGCAUGCUAUGCUUCGAAGACUCCGGUGGGCGGAGCGAAAUGGGGAGCCCGUCGCAGGAAAGCUGGGAUGUGGAGUCUUCUCGCUGCUGAUCAAUGGCUGCAGGCCGGCCGACCAACACUUGCCUCUGCCUGUCUGGAGGAAGCUGAACGUCUCUAUGCCGACGUGCUGGAGGUUGAUGGUGUCUUCCCAUUGCCAGAAAUGCAAAGUUUCGUUGAUAAUUUGCGCCGUGCGGUGACAAGUGAUUAUCUUCAAGCACGAGGUUUCACUGCGCAGGAUGAGCCCGCUAGUGGUGAAGCUGGGGGUACUGAGGAAUUCAGCGAGAAGCUGGACAAGCGCAAGCACCGUCGCUCGCUCAUGGGUCUUCCUUCUCAACUUGAUGCUGGCAAUCUCAUAAGCGGUGGUCCAAGAGACCCUGACGACCAACCCAAUGACGACUUUGAACGAGCGUAA